AUGAUAUUUUCUAUUUUGACACUAACCCAUGGAAUACAACUUAAUGUACCCCACUUCCAGCGUAACUUUUAUUUAUCCAGUACGGGAUUUAAGUCUAUCAGUGAGGUUGGUUUGUAUGACUGUGCUCGACAUUGUGGUUUGGAAUCGGGAUGUCAAUCCUUCACAUUCAGCAUAACAGAUUUACGAUGUCGACUUAUCGAAGACGAUUCCAGCACGGCACCAGGACAAUUUCAAGCAAAGUCCGGGUCUAUCUAUGGAAACGGGGCCACAGCUGUUUCGGAUGAAUCUUUGAUGGGAACAUGCCAAGACCAUAACUGUCCAGAGUACUCUACAUGUGUGCGUCUGACGUCCGCAUCCCGGGUGUGUGUUGUAACAGCAUGGGGUUCUCCUCCAUAUGACUCAAAUGAUUCGGACGCUGAUGACGUUUCACCAACCAUGACUCCUGUGGGGGUCAUCCGGUACCUUUCAUGUCCUACAGGCUACUCGGGCUAUAAAACUGCUGUCUGUCUGGCAAGUGGACAAUGGUCGGACCCGGCACGCCAUUGCACAAGUUGUGGAAACCCACCAAAUAUAUCUAGUGCAAUUGUUUCUUCCGGAAACACGACCACAGGAUCAAACAGGACAUACCGAUGCAUUGCUGGCACUUCCGCUUCCGGAUCCACUGCCAUCAGAUGCGGAUUAGAUGGAAAUUGGUCGGCAUCGACUUUUGUGUGCGUACCAGACUGUGUGAUCACAACGAACAUGCAGCAAGCACACACCACGGCGACAGACGCACCUGCAGGUUCUAUCAUCUCCUACACAUGUGACACAGGCUAUGAACAAGUGGGCGGAACAGGAAACAGACUCUGCAACACACAGGGUGUUUGGGAAGCUUUAGAUAUAUCAUGCGACUUAGUUGCAGUAACGGACAACGACCCCUUUUGUCAUUCUAACAUGGCGAAGUUGGAUGCCACUAUUUACAGAUGGGUUGGUGCUCUGGGAUCCUACAAUCCGACAUCCAGUAUAGACCAGGAACUACCAUUGUGGAUGCUGACUUGA